AUGGCCGACGUUGAGAUGGAUAUCGCGUCCAGAAGAAUGAAUAAUGGCAACGAACACGUGAAGCAGGAUCUGGAGAGCCAUGAGAGGAGCGGUAAUGAAGACAGCGGAGAGAUGUCUGAAGAAGAAGAGGAGGAGGAAGAGGAGGAGGCGGCGGAAACUAAUGGCGAGAAGACACAAGAGGGGCCCAAACAUCACAGCAGCAGCGGUGGCGGUAAACACAAGAGGAAAAAACAUAAGCAUCGCAGUAAGCACAAAAAACACAAGCAUGUCUCCGAUGAGGACAAGGACCGUAAACGCAAGCACCGUCACAAACACAGAAAACACAAACGCAAAGAGGGCUCCUCUCCCUCCGGUGCUGUCAUCUUUGGCUCCUCCGGCCACAAAAAAAACGAGUCCUCUCCGUCCUCCGGAAAUCCGAGUCUGGACGACAGGGCCUUGCUGGAGGAUUUGGAGAAACAGAGGGCAAUGAUUAAAGCUGAGCUGGACAGCCAGUUGAUGGAGGGCAAGGUUCAGUCGGGUAUGGGUUUGAUCCUUCAGGGUUACAACUCUGGAUCGGAAGAAGAUGGAGAAGCGAGGGUGAGGAAUGGAGAACAGCGUCAAAGGGUCAGCUCAGGUAAACCCAUAUCUCCGAGGGGGGGGAAAGGUGGUAAAUCUAGACGGGACUCAACAGAGGGCAGUAAAACCAGCUCCAAGCGUCGCAGUCGGAGCAAGUCCGCAGAAAGGCUUCCCAAAGAACCUAAGCAGGACAAGGUGACCAAAAGCACCAAGGACACAGGUGUUAAAGAACGAGGCCGCGGCAGGAGCAGGUCGAAAGACAGGAAGCGCUCCGACAGCGCUGACAGGUCCAAGGAGAGAGCCGGGAAGUCCAACUCCCCCUCCAGCUGGAGAGGCGAGCAGAAAGGUAGCCGCACUGAGAAACGUUCCUCACCUCAGCGGGACGAGCGACCAAACCAGGAGAGAGCGGGCCGGAGGUCCAGGUCGCCCGGACGGGAGCGGCCGACUCGCCUGGACGCCGACCGCGACAAACGGCCGACCAAGUCCCCGUCGAAGGACGCGUCGUCAGGGAAAGAGAACCGCUCCCCACACAGACGAGGGCUUCACAGCCCCGUGAGGAAACGCAGCCCCUCCCCUCGCCACAGAGACGCCCACCACGCCCCGGCCGGUGCCUCAGACAGGGCAUCCAAACUGAGUAAUUCUCCCUCCAGAGCAAGGUCCCCCCCGAGGAGAGGCCGCAGCCGCUCGCCAGACCUCAGGAGGAGGGACGUUGACAGGCAGGACUCACCAAUGAGGAAGCGCCUGCGGCCAGAUAUGGGCUCAGCCAGAGAUCGAUCACGAGAGAACAGUCCCAGAAUGGCCCCUCGCCGCAGAAUGAGUCGUUCACCUCUAAGACGGCGGUCUCCGUCUCUACGGCGACGCUCUCGCUCUUCUCCCCGCAGGCGGAGCAGGUCUCCUCUGGGACACAGGUCUGGGGAGAGAGACCGCUACGGUAGACUCAGACAGUACAGACGCUCGAUGUCCCGCGACAGAGACAGGAGAAGAAGACGCAGCAGAGAUGAAGACAAGUUCAAAGGCAGCCUAUCAGAGGGCAUGAAGGUCGACCAAGAAUCCUCAGAAGGAGAAGUGUUGGAGGACUUUGAUGGGGAGGAAGUAGAUGAAGAAGCCCUCAUUGAACAGCGCAGACAGCAACGCUUGGCUAUUGUACAGAAAUACAAGCAGGGGACCGAUGACAACAUGAUGUCGGAGCCCAGCAGCCCGCAGAGCAGCACCCGCAGCCGCUCGCUCUCGCCAGACGACAUCCUGGAGCGAGUGGCGGCGGACGUCAAGGAGUACGAACGCGAGAACCUCAACACCUUCGAGGCCAGCAUCAAAGCCAAGCAUAACCUCAUCACCCAGGAGAAAGACGGAGCCAACCCAAAGAAGCCCUCAGCCCCUGACAUGUUUACAGAGUCGGAUGAUAUGUUCGCUGCUGACUUUGAUAGUGCCAGGAUGAGAGCAGCAGGUGUAGGAAAGGACUUCAAAGAGAACCCCAACCUCAGGGACAACUGGACCGAUGCUGAGGGUUACUACCGGGUGAAUAUCGGCGAGACACUGGACAAGCGUUACGACGUGUACGGCUACACUGGCCAGGGUGUGUUCAGUAAUGUCAUCAGAGCCAGAGACACUGCCAGAGCCGGCCAGGAGGUGGCAGUCAAGAUCAUCCGAAACAACGAGCUCAUGCAGAAGACCGGUUUGAAAGAGUUAGAGUUCCUCAAGAAGCUGAACGACGCCGAUCCCGAUGACAAGUUUCACUGCCUACGCCUCUUCAGGCACUUCUACCACAAGCAGCAUCUAUGUCUGGUAUUCGAGCCUCUCAGUAUGAAUUUGAGAGAGGUGCUGAAGAAAUAUGGUAAAGAUGUCGGUCUCCACAUCAAAGCGGUGCGCUCUUACAGUCAGCAGCUCUUCUUGGCCCUAAAGCUGCUCAAAAGAUGCAACAUCCUCCAUGCAGACAUCAAGCCAGACAACAUCCUGGUGAACGAGUCAAAGACCAUUUUGAAGCUAUGUGAUUUUGGCUCUGCAUCGCACGUUGCUGAUAACGACAUCACUCCGUACCUGGUCAGCAGAUUCUACAGAGCUCCAGAAAUCAUCAUAGGAAAACCAUACGACUACGGGAUUGACAUGUGGUCCGUCGGCUGCACGUUACACGAGCUGUACACCGGCAAAAUCCUGUUCCCCGGAUCUUCCAACAACCACAUGAUCAAACUGGCGAUGGACCUCAAGGGCAAGAUGCCGAACAAGAUGAUUCGCAAAGGCUUGUUCAAAGACCAGCACUUCGAUCAGAAUUUGAACUUCCUGUACAUUGAAGUAGACAAAGUAACAGAAAGGGAGAAGGUGACGGUGAUGAGCACCAUCAACUCCACCAAAGACCUGCUGACAGACAUGAUAGGAUGCCAGCGACUGCCCGAGGACCAGAGGAAGAAGGUGAUGCAGCUGAAGGACCUGAUCGAUGGCACCCUGAUGUUGGACCCAGCCAAACGCAUCACCAUCAACCAGGCUCUGCAACACCCCUUUAUACAGGAGAAGAUUUGACACCCAGGACCCCACAACACUCCCAGAGCAGACGGAGGAACCGACCACUAAACCAGCUCUGACAGGAACUCAGUGAGGCAGCCAACCCACAGACUUCCACACAGAAUGUCAUGGAUUUAUGUUCUUCCUCAACAUUAUUUUGUUUAUGAUUACAUUCAAAAAAUGUGUUUUAUUGUAAAUAGAUCAUUGAAAUGGUAGCCAUUCUUUAAAACAUUGAUUUUUUUCCCCUCCGAAUAUCAUUGUAAACUCCCCGCCCUUCAUUACCUGGCAAUGCAGUUAUGGACUUUUUUUUUAAAAUUUUUUUUUAAUUUAACUGACAUUGGAGUGUUUAAAAAGAAAAAAAUAUAAUUCCUGUAAAUACUGUAUGUCUAUUGCAUUAACAAUCUCAAGCAGCAGACAGUUGAGUUUUGUCGUAGUUGCAGAAGGCUAAAAUACAUCUUCUCUUCUCCUGUUUUUGUUUUUUUGUUGUUGUUUUUUUUUAAAACCACAUUGCUCAUUGUGGGGCGAUGCAUGCUUUUGAAUGUGCACCCUUUUGUGCUCUAGAUUUUUGUGGUGCAGGCCUGUGUAAAUGCUCUGUAUGUGCAUCAGUGUCCCACAUGUGACAACAACCCCCUCCCCUGUGCAAACCUCUACCCCAUCCCCCUUAACCAAGUUUCCAGGCCUUUGCGGUCUGAGCUGAAGGAAUAGAUGCAUAUUAUUAUGUAUUCCUUGAACAAGAAUUUUCUUAUUCUCAAAGCAGGUAGUCAUUUGUUUUCUGUUGCUGGACAUUUCCAUGUUGGUUUUUUUGUUGUUAUUUUUAACCCUCCUCUCCCUCCAGCACUCUGGCUAGGACCUGGCUCUUAAGGCUCUCCGAUUCAAGUGCCUCCUGUACGAGCCAAGUGUGUUAAAACACCUAACAAUGCUGGCCUAUUGAAGCCACACCUGUGACCCUCUUCUCCCCCAUUGUUGUAUAUAGUCCAUAGUUACUGCCAUUUCAUGUAUGAUUCAUUUGUUUUUUUCCAUUAAGUGGUAAAAAAAACAAUCUUGUGAUUUCAAUAAAGAAUAGUUGUGGAAACACUGCUGAAAGAGCACCUUCAGUAUAAGACAACUUUUUAGUAAUAAAAUGUUUCCUA